GUAAUAUGACAAGUGGUAGAAAUGAAACAAUAGCCACAACAGAAAUGAUUGGAGUUAAUAAAAAGUGACCGAGCAAGCAAUACACAUGAAGUUGGUUGGAAGUGUGUGUAUAUGUGGCGUAUUGACAAGCGACUUAAUCGCUAAAAGAUGAGUUUUGUUGUUGGAGGAGGAGCGACUGCUACCCUGCACUCUCUUCCUCUGUUAUACCCACCAUUUCUCUAUUCUUCUUCUUCUCGACAUCGAAACACUAAACCUCAUCGUCGUGUUCCUGUUGUGUGUUGUUCUCGCCAAAAACAAGAUCCAAUAUGCAACAAGAGGACAUUUCUUUUCAUGGGUGUUGCUGUUCUUCCUUUUCUCGAUUUCAACCCUGUCUCCGCUCUUGAACGAAUCAUUCCAUCGCCAAACAAAAGUGAGGUGAAAAUACCAGAGGAUAAAAAGCAAGCAGAGAUAGCAUCUGAAAUGGAGAAACCAUCAAAUUCCAUUGUGUCUCUUCUGAAUGGAAUUGGUAUAGUAUCUUCUGGUCUGUUGGGUGCUCUCUACGCACUCGCUCAAAAAGAAAAGUCUGCAGCUGUUGCAACAAUAGAAACAGUCAGCAACAAACUGAAGGAAAAAGAAGAGCAGAUCAUUUCGUUGAAGAAUAUCUAUGAAUUGAAGUUAUCAAACGAGCAGGAGGAACAGGCCAAACUACUUGGAAAGGCAAAGGAAGAGCAGAAAGCACUGAUUGACCAACUAAAUUCUGCAAAGAGUACUGUCACCAGUUUGGGAAAGGAGCUGAAAAGCGAGAAAAGUUUGAUUGCGGAGCUGAAACAACAAAUUGACAGACUUGAUACUGACAUUUCAAAGACUAAUACAGAUAAGAAAGAUCUUGAGAACAAUUUGAAAGAAAAGGUAGAUGCUAUUGAAAUUUUAGAAAAAAGAAUUAAUCUGUUGAGUGAAGACCUCAAGGACAAAGAACUUAUUGUUCAGAGUCUGAAUUCAUCGGUUACAGAUAAGGAGUUGGAAUUGAGGAAUUUGAAUUCUUCCUAUGACCAAACUAAGGAGGAAUUAUCCAAUGCUCAUUUGCAUAUUCAAGGGUUGAAAGAUGAAAUGCUAAAAACCCGAGAAGAACUAGAAAGAAAGGAUUCCUUAGUGGUGGAACUAAAUUCAAGAGUGAGUUCCUUAAACCUUGAGAACAAUAACAUUAGGAGUGAAUAUGAUGCAUUGAAGAAGGAAUACAAUGACCUAAAGUUAAUUUCUGACAAUAAGGCUUCUUUGGAUGCUAAGGUUCUAAAAGAAAAAGAAGACGAGCUUCAUCAGUUAAAGGAUAAAUUUGAACUCACGCUAAAUGAAACCAGCAAAAGCCAGACUGUCAUCGCUGAUUUAACCAAAGAGCUAGAAGGUUUAAAGGAGUCGCUAGAGAACGAGUCUAAGAAAGUGAAAAAUUUGAAGUUUGAACUUGAAGUCACUCAAGAGAAUCUUGCAAAUUCAAGAAAUGAUUCUGCUGAACUUGAAAAUCAGCUAAGUCAGUCAAAUGAAUUGUGCACAGAGCUCAAGCUUGAAGUCUCAAAGCUUUCAUCCGAGCUCACAGAAGUUAAGGAGUCGCUACAGCAUAGACUUGAUGAUGCAAAACUCGAGGCGGAAAAACUAGCCAAGGAGCACAUAACAGUAAGGGAACAUUUGAAGAAAGCCGAAGAAGAGCUGCAAAGUACAUCCCAUGAGCUAACGGCUACUCUUGAAAACCGUGAUAGCCUACAGAGAGAAUUAAUUGAGGUCUACAAAAAGGCUGAAGCCACAGCAGAAAAUUUGAAGGAAGAAAAGAAGUUGGUUACUUCUUUGAACAAAGAUUUACAAGCUUUGAAGAAGCAAGUGUUGAGCGACAAAGAGUCACGAAAAACUAUUGAAAUGGAUCUUGAGGAGGCUACCAAAUCACUUGAUGAAAUGAACCGAAAUUCAGUGAUCCUUUCUAGUGAACUAGAGGGGGCUAAAUCAGCUAUUUCUAGCCUUGAAAACGAGAAAGAGGCUCUUGCCAAGUACCUUACAGAACAAAGAAAUGCAAGCAAAGAGGCUCAAGAAAACAUUGCAGAUGCUCAUAACCUCAUCACUAGACUUGGCAAAGAGAGGGCGAGUUUAGAGAACAGAGGAAAGAAAUUGGAAGAGGAAUUGGCUUCUGCCAAGGGUGAAAUAUUACGGUUGAGAAGUCAGAUCAAUUCUUCAAAAUCAAAAGUUGUUGUUAACAAUGAGCUGCAAGUACCGAAAAAAGAUGAAGCUGAAACCAACGAAAUCCCUGCAAGUCCACGGAAGAUUGUUCGAAGAAGAAAGACUAACCCAUCAUAACCAAGAAAAUCGAGAGCUUCAUAUUAGAAAAAAUAAAAUCAUGAUUAGGAGAAUGAUAUUCUGUGAUAAAUCAUUUGGAAGGAAGUUGAUAUUAUUGCACUUUAUUCACUUUGGAUAAGUUUUGAUAUUGCAAUAGAGUAUUGUACAAAUGAAAUAACACAGUACGAAUUGCUGAGCUGAACUUUUAGGAUUGUUGAUUUGUAAUCAUUUUCAUAAUAACCUGAAAAAAAAUAUGAGAAUGCUAGGUUGUUUUUUACAUUGAACACUGUUGGAUGUUCCUUGUUUAUCAAGAAAGUCAUUAUGCAUUUA